UUGAAGAUGAUGUUUUUGUGAUGAAGCUAAGUAGGAUUUUUUGAGAGAGACGAAGGACAGAACCUUUGAGAGGCAUGAAGCUGAUGCUGAUGGCGACGUUCUCGAUGGCGGCGCUCUUAGUCGCCUCCCUCACUUUCGGCGCGUUCUUGUGCACGCGCCACCUCGACUCCGUUGCUUUUCUCAUGGUCAGAAGAGAUCGCAGUUUUCCUUCUGAGAGUAGUCAGAAUCUCGAGAAUUUUCCUACAACCACAGUUAUUCAAGUACAUAAAUGUUCCCUCGGCAACCUGUCUCCAAGUUGUCCAGUCAAUUGCCACUCAUCUAAAACUUUCAUCGGAGACAAAAACGUUAGAUCGACACCACCUCCGUCUUGUCCCGAUUACUUCCGUUGGGUUCAUGAAGAUCUAGGGCCGUGGAGGAAAACAGGUAUCACUAGAGAAAUGGUGAUGAGUGCCAAACGAACAGCCAAUUUUCGGCUGGUCAUAUUAGAUGGGAAAGCUUACGUGGAGACGUACUCAAAAGGAUUUGAGAGUCGGGACACGUUCACGUUGUGGGGGAUCUUGCAGUUGCUACGGAAGUACCCUGGCAAAGUGCCUGAUCUGGACUUAAUGUUCGACUGCGGUGACUUGCCGGUCAUCAAGAAAGAAAAUUUCAAAGGUCGGAUGCACCCAGCACCUCCAACAUUGUUCGGAUACUGCAAGAAUGAUUCAACGUUCAAUAUUGUGUUUCCUGAUUGGUCGUUCUGGGGCUGGCCUGAGCUCAAUAUAAAACCAUGGGAGACAUUGUCCAAGGACAUAAAAGAAGGGAAUAAGAGGAAGAGAUGGAGGGAGCGGAAGCCAUAUGCUUAUUGGAAGGGCAAUCCAUUGGUGGCCUCCAAGAGGAGGGAUUUACGCAGAUGCAAUGUUUCAGACAAAAUGGAUUGGGGUGCUCGUAUCUAUGCUCAGGACUGGCGAAAAGAAAAGAAAGAGGGUUUCAAGCAAUCAAACUUAGCAAACCAAUGCACUCACAGAUACAAAAUCUACAUUGAAGGAGUUGGGUGGUCAGUGAGUGAGAAAUACAUCCUAGCUUGCGAUUCUGUCAUGUUACUCGUAAAGCCUCACUACUAUGACUUUUUCACUAGAGGUUUGACGCCGUUGCAACACUACUGGCCAAUUAAGGAUGACGACAAGUGCAGAUCCAUCAAACAUGCAGUCGACUGGGGUAAUAAUCAUCGUGAAGAGGCUCAGGCCAUUGGCAAGACGGCAAGCAGCUUUGUUCUAAACGAGGUGAAGAUGGAUUACGUUUACGACUACAUGUUUCAUCUCUUGAGUGAGUACUCCAAGCUCUUAAAGUACAAGCCCACCGUGCCUGAGAGAGCGGUCGAACUUUGUUUGGAGGCGCUGGCUUGCCCUUCGCAGGGACUGGCGAAGAAAUUCAUGAUGGAUACGCUAGUUAAAUGUCCGAGUGUUUCUAAUCCAUGCAUGAUGCCUCCACCGUACGAUCCUCCAUCUCUUCAUUCUAUUGUUGAAAGAAAAGAAGGUGUAAUAAAGCAAGUAGAGACCUGGGAAAAAGAAUAUUGGCAGAAUCAGAACAAGCAAAUAUAGGAACUUUACACAUCUUUUCCUUCUUUGUUCCUCGCUGUUAUAGACAAAUGAUUAAAGCAUGCAUAAAUUUAUGUCUUCUCAUACUAUGUUAUCAAUCUUAAAAGCAAGCAGAGAGGUAAAGUUUGCAGAUCAGGGAAUAAUUACUACAACAUAGUAUUGCGUCCAACUAAACAGCGUAUAAUAUA